AUGAAAGAUUAUUAUGGAAAUAUUGAACCGAAUAACUCGAGUGCACAUUUUCUUUUACACAUGACUGCUGCUGAUGUACUUGCAACGAAGUAUCCUAAUCAUGAAUUAAUGAAUGAACAAAUGAUUAUGGGUUUUAUGAUUGAUAUUGGUCGAACUGCAGGGAGAAAAGGAAAUAUUUAUACUGAUGAUGUUCUUCUAAAGGUUAUUUUAACAAUUGAGCACUAUUUAAAAUUCCAUAAAACAACAAAAAAUGUGAUAAAAACAGAUGAUGAAAUGUUAUCACGUUCAUAUGAACAUAAAAUUAGAGCAGAAUUAAUUGCUAGUGGAAUGGAAUACGAUGAAAAUACAAAUGAAGUUUUAAUCGAAUAG